AUUUUUAUAUAUAAACACUAUAUUAGGCUACUACUCUAUACACCAUCUAUAUAAACACUUGUUGCUUUCAGUUACUAAAUACACCACUGAAAAAAACUCUAUAACUAAACAUCAACCUCUCCCUUUGCACCACAAUGUCUAGCAAAAGAUCAAGUGGAAGAAGCAACGAAAGAUCAAGUGGAAGAAGCAACGAAAGAUCAAGUGGCAGCAGAAGCAAUGAAAACGAAGAUUUUAGCCUCAGACUUAGAGAACUUUUAUCAACUAACAAGAAGAAGAAAAGAAAUGCAGCCAAGCUUCUGGAUGAGACAUGCAAUCACAUUAAGAAGCUGAAUGGAGAGGUUGAUGAUUUAAGCAAUCGGAUAUCAGAGUUAUUGAAUUCAUCAGAGACUGAAAGCAGCAAUAUUAAUGCAAACAUCCUCAGACAAUUUCUACAGCAAUAAUCACUGCCAUUUUUGUUUCUUCACUAAACUUAUAUAUAUAUAUAUAUAUAUAUAUAUGCUUCAAGUAUUGUAAUAUAUAAUUUAUAUACACAUUUCAGUUUGUUUAUUUGAGUUGUUCCGGGAUAUUGUUGGCAUCCAAGAGAACAGGUUCUUUAUUUUGGUUUUAUUUUUGCUUUUCUUUUUAUCUUCCAUCACUCUUUAGGGUUUGUUGGACGAUGAUAAGUUUUGGGUUUCAAAGAAUACAUUAUUAUAAUAUAUAUUUCUUGAUUUU